AUGGCGGAAUUCUCGGGAAUAAGUGCGAGGUUAGUUUAUUACAUAUUUCAUGUAUAUUUUUGCAUUAUGUGGCAAUGAUAUAAACUCCAGACAAAAUAUAAACUUCUACACUAACUCUUGACGUUGUUACAGGGUGAAAUACAUUCAUUUUCUAUCGAUGUUAUAUACAUAUUGUUUAGGAAUUUACGUGUAAACAUUUUGUACACAUAUGUGCACAUCAGGUCAAUCAGGAAUUAGUGUCAAUAAAAUUGACUAAAAUUCUGCAGUUUUGAAAAACAAAAAUUUUUAAUCAAAGGUAAAUUAGAGCUAAACAUCAAACAAUAUGCUCUACUACACUUCUUAAAUAAAUAUUACAAACACUAUUUACUCAGUUUAGACUAGUAUUUUUAUGGAAAUUAGUUGAACACAUACAUGGCAAGUCUUUCUUGACAGGUGUAGAAAAUAUAUAAAUUUUGUAACAAUUUACAAUAGAUUUGAUACUUUCAUGGUUGGUAAAGUACCUACAAGUAUUUUAUUGAGUACUGUGUCUUUUCAGAUCAUUUUACUCGUCUAAACCACCAAAUAUAUCUACAGCACCAUUGCCAGAUGGGAAUUCCAGUGAGGAUAAUAUUGAUAGUGAUGAGGAGGAGGAUGACGAUGAUUACAACCCUGGUGAUUUGGAGAAUGGAAGUGAAACAGAAAAUGAAGAUUCGAUGAGUCAAUCAGAGGAGGAAUCGUCAGGGGAUGAAAUACCAUUGAAUGAAUGGAAAAGGAGAAAGAAGGAUGAAGAAGAGGUAUUGAUCCAUAUGACCUAUAAAAUAUAUGGCUUUAUUCUUGGGUUUUACUAUGGCAUUAUGCAGUGAAUCUGGCGGGGGUCAACCUCAAAUGUAUUGAUGCUUAUGCUGUAGUAGAGUGAGAAAAUGGUACAAAAUUCCAUGUAUUUGUCACUAAACACAAGCCUAAUACAUAAAAUGAGCAAUCGACUCACUCUGAUAACUGUGCUUUGGUUUAGAGUUAACCCUCCAUAACUUUUGUGAUGUCAUAUGAAACCCAAGAAUAGAUUGUCUUUUUGCUUUCUUUAGAAUGAAGUAAAAUUCCCAUGGAAGACAGAUGCCACUUGGGAAAGUCCUCGAGAAUCAAAAAUUCCACUGGAGAAGCUCAAACCAUUGAAUGCAACAUUGACGAAUGUCACUCAGGCCUCAGCCUAUGGAAUUUUUCAAAACCUUUGUCACAAAUGA